CGUCAGACGCAGCCUUUCCCAGGAGAGGGAGCAACGGCGCGAUUUUUCAAAAUGGAACCUAGGAAGGAGGGGGUUUCUCCCCGACCCCCGUAGCGGGGAGGGAGAGGCCCGAGGCGCGGCGGCUGCGGCGAGGAGAGACUGUCUGUGAAGCUGAUCUGGGAGACCUGAGCGCCGCCAUGGCGACCUGCAUCGGCGACAAGAUUGAGGAUUUCAAGGUUUAGGAAUACUACUGGAGCAAGACUCCUUUCUGGGGGUUUGGUAUGAUCUCCCUGAAAACAGGCCACAGAAGUGAAAGCUGCCAUAAAAAAAUGAUUGACAAAAAGGCCAUGCACAAAGUUGGAAUGGUGCAGAGAGUUCAAAAUGAAGUGAAGAUUCAUUGUCAGCUAAAACAUCCCUCUAUACUGGAGUUGUAUAAUUACUUUGAAGAUAGCAACUAUGUGUACCUGAUAUUAGAGAUGUGUCAUAAUGGAGAAAUGAGCAGAUAUUUAAAAAACAGAAGGAAACCUUUCUCUGAGGAAGAAGUUCGACACUUCAUGCAUCAGAUUAUUACAGGGAUGCUGUACCUUCAUUCCCAUGGAAUCCUGCACCGAGACCUCACACUCUCCAACCUCUUACUCACCAACAAUAUGAGCAUCAAGAUUGCUGAUUUUGGACUAGCAACCCAACUGAGAAUGCCUCAUGAAAAGCAUUACACAAUGUGUGGGACUCCCAAUUACAUUUCUCCAGAAAUAGCCACAAGAAGUGCGCAUGGACUUGAAUCUGAUGUUUGGUCUUUGGGGUGUAUGUACUAUACUCUUCUGGUUGGAAAGCCACCUUUUGAUACUGAUACAGUAAAGAACACCCUGAACAAAGUGGUAUUGGCAGAUUAUGAAAUGCCAGCGUAUUUAUCGAUAGAGGCUCAAGACCUUAUUCAUCAGUUACUUCGCAAAAACCCAGCAGAUCGCUUAAGUCUCUCAUCGGUUUUGGAUCAUCCUUUUAUGUCUAAGUGUAACUCGGCAAGAAGCAAGGAUAUGGGAACUGCGGAGGAUUCAAUGGAUAGUGGAAAUGCCACCAUUUCUACAGCGUUUACCACCUCCUCCAGUGUAAAUACUAGUGGCUGCUUAAAGGAAAAGAAAAGACUUUUAAUGGGCCAGCCACUCCCCAAUAAAAUGACUGUUCUUCCUAGAAAUAAGAACACCAGUGAUGUCUCUUCUGGGGAUGGAAGCAGGGAUGGAAGCAGUUCUUAUCACAACUGGGGACUUCCAGUGCAAGAAAUACAUAAUACUGGUAGAGGAAGGGCAAUGCCGUUGAUGGAAGAGCGACCGCAUUCACGCUACCUCAGGAGGGCACAUUCCUCUGAAAGACCUGGUACAUCCCAUAGCCAGAAUCAGGGAAUACCUGAUCAUGUGGAGAGAUGUCAUUCUAUGGAAACCCUCUCAAAACCCAGAGCAGGGAUAACUGAAAACAUCAAGGAUUUCUCUCCUGCAAAUAGCCAUGGUGAUAUUGCUGCAGUGUUUAAAGAAAAACUUCCAACUGGUUCUGGCUCAAUGGAAAAACAUCUCUCUCCACCUGUGAAGGAUCAAGUUUGUUCAAAUUAUCUCUGCCCAGUGAAGCCCAAUAUUGACUUAUUAGAACCAAAGUCUCAAGCUGAAACAAUGCAGCGAUGGCAGGAAGAACUUUCAUAUCACAACAGUGCCAGGAAUGCAAAUGGGGAUUUGCCUUUUCAUCUUGGUGUACCUCAAGAAAUGCUGAAACAUGCAUGGAAUGGCUUAAAAGGCAAAAAGUCACAAAACAGUGCACAAACAACAAUGCCAGCUGUGGGAUCACUGGAUGGAAAGAAAUUCACCGCUGAGCUUCUCUGUAGAGCUGAAAAGGCUCUGCCAACAACUGCACUAGAUUUCCAUCCAGUUUCUGAAGCCAGGAAAAAAUGGGGCGAAGAACAACAGUAUGGUCAUUCAAAACUUAUGCUGCGAAGUAUUGUAUCUCCUCUGAACGCUCACAGGUUAAAACCAAUCAGGCAAAAAACAAAAAAUGCAGUGGUUAGUAUUUUAGAUACAGGAGAAGUGUAUAUGGAAUUUCUGAAAGAAUACGGUUCCCAUGAAUUGGUAAAAGAAGUUAUGAGAAUAUCUUGUGAUGGAAAUGGGAUCACAGUUUAUCAUCCAAAUGAAGGAAAAGGCUUUCCCCUUAAAGACAGACCUCCAUCUCUGCCUGAAGACUUAAAUAGUUAUAGCUUUGACAACUUGCCAGAGAAAUACUGGAAAAAAUAUCAGUAUGCAGCCAAAUUUGUUGAGUUGGUAAGAUCUAAAACACCUAAAGUUACCUUCUAUACCAGAUAUGCGAAGUGCAUGUUGAUGGAAAAUUGUCCUCCCGCAGAUGUGGAAAUUUGUUUUUAUGAUGGGGCAAAAAUACACAAGUCAGCAGGUUUAAUUCGAGUAAUAGAAAAAUCUGGGAAAGCCUAUACCCUAAAAGAAGAAACUGAUUUAGAGAAUGAUAUGCAGAUAUAUGUGAAUCAUGCAAAUGAGGGUCAUCGAAUUUGCCUCGCACUGGAGUCUGCUAUUUUGGUAGAAGAAAGAAGUGAAAGUAUUCCAUUUUUCCCCAUUAUUGUUGGGAGGAAACCAGGAAAUCCCGAGUCUCCAAAGCCUUUGCUACCACCUCCUGUAAUACCAGGUACAUGCCUUUCUUUGAAUGAAGUUGCUUCACUGAAGGGAAACACGGCUGCCAGAUACAAAUCUCCCAGUCAAGCACUUCAUCCAUCUAUGGUGUCAUGUGAAGGAUCUGCAUUCACAGCAGCUGUGACAGAGUCAAAGUGCUCUCCAGCUCACCAAAAUGAGUGUGUUGUAAAUUCAGCUCAGCUCUUGAAGUCUGUCUUUGUAAAAAAUGUUGGCUGGGCCUCUCAGCUAACAAGUGGAGCUGUGUGGGUUCAGUUUAAUGAUGGAUCUCAGUUGGUGGCUCAGGCUGGUGUUUCUUCUAUCACAUAUACAUCUCCAGAUGGCCACACUGUUCAGUAUGGAGAAAAUGAGAAAUUGCCUGAAUACAUCAGAGAGAAGCUGCAUUGUUUAUCUUCCAUUCUGGUGAUGUUUACCAAUCCAGUUGGACCCCACUGAAGCUACUGGAUAUGAAAGCUUAAUAACUAUCUUAAUGAAGCAGAGCUUCCUAUAUAGUCAGUCCUACCUUCUAACCUGGAGUAAAUGGAGGGCGCUGAAGAGUUACUGUAUCCUGCUUAGCUAAGCACUUGUAAAAGUUUUCAGAGGUGUGAUCAAAUUAAGACAAAAUUGUUCGCGGUUUUAUAUAAUGAAUUAUAAGAAAUCACUGGGAUCAUCUUUUGCCAGGUUUUUCCAUAAAAGGAGGCUGAAUUGUACAUUUGUUUACUCCAUUGUUCUGACAAUUCUUAUAUCAAGAAAAUACAUCUCUGCUGUUGCAGUUUUUGUAUAUGUAAAUACCUUGUAUUUUAUGUGGUUUUGAAGUAGUAUGUAAAGUGUACUGUCUUAUAAUUGUUUUAUAUUUUAUUUUUGUAAGUUUCUAAUGAAAUAUCCCUGCAAAAGCUUAAAAAAAAUAAAUGCAGUGAUAUCUGUUGAGAUGCCUUGUUUCAUAUAGCACAAAUUUAUGCGGCAUAGUCUUCUAGGAUAUAGAGAAUUGUACAGGAUUGUUCCUCUCUAAAACAUCUAUUUGAAUAUGAUUUCUGAAUGUCUGUCUUUGUCAAAGACGAGGGAAGUAUGUUAUGAGGUCCCUUGUGUACCUAAAACGCUAGUCUAUUAUGUAUUAAGGUUUGUUCGUUGAAGCAAACUGAACUAUGAAGCAGUGAUUUUGUUUUGUUUUUCUAAGGCAGUGUCACUGUGGAUAUCAUUUAUCCAAACAAAGCUGCUAUUUGGGUUUUAGGCACACUGGAAGGAAGGAGCGACUUAUCUUAAACUGGCAAGUUUAAUAGGAAAUUUCUUGGCAGCAUUCCCCAUAAGCUUACAUUUGCAAUUAAAAAUGUUACAGUGCAAUUAAA